ACGCCGUCAAUCGAAAUCAAUCCAAACCACGAGGCCAUUCAACAUUAUCGACCCGAAUCUUUCUGGUCUCGCCUGGCGGUGCCGAGCAAGCUCGACCCUUUCUCCCAAAAUUCCCAAUACUCGCACCCAUUGACAAGUAGAUCAUGUGGGAAAUGUCAGAGACCUCAACCACAACCACGCCGUCGGAGAUCCCCAACAGCCCCUCCGGCGUCUCCAUGGUGCUCGCGGACUACGACGUCUACCAUUCGGACCAGGCCGCAGAGGAAACCGGCGGACUGGCACCGAUUACCGCUGCCGCCCAUGAUAACCCGCCCGGAUGGGAUAUAUCGCACCGUCGUGUGCCUCCGCACCGGCCCAUCAAUCGCCAUCUGGACCAGAGCCAGCGGGCCGUGUUCCAGAACAUCGGCGAGCGGGCUUUUAUCACCGUCUUGUUCACGGGUGUCGUCGUCAACGCGUUUGUUGCGGGGUUAUGGCGAGCCACAGGCGGGAGGAUCAACGAUUCCAUCUUCAAAUAUCCUCUUGGCGGAGAGAUGUGAUUAGGCUGGACCGGAAACGAGGCCUGGAAUAGAGGCAUAUUGCCAUCUAGGGUACACAUGAACCAGCAUCUCAAAUGCCUCUCCACGGCCCGCUUCA